AGAGGUGUCUGCAUUAUGUCAUCUGAGCAUUGUCUUCUACCUGAGAGUCAACUGUUCCACCUGAGUCAAAAGUCUAGUACCGCGGUGACGUCAGUAGAGGUCAGCCCCGCCCACAGCCGGCCAGCAGUGCGCACCACAGUCAGCAGGAAGAUGGCGACCGACGAGAGGGGGGACUACGGGCACGCCAACAAGAAACAGAAAAUCGACGAUGGCUACAUCGUGCAGUCCGGACCUAGGGACAAGUCUGAAGAUCCGCACAAGCCAUCCCCUUCACCUGUUGUGCACGUGCGAAGUCUGUCAGAGAAUGUCAUCGAAGCAGACAUUGUGGAAGCUGUCCAGCACUUCGGACCCAUCAGCUAUGUUAUCAUGAUGCCAAAGAAGAGACAAGCACUGGUUGAGUUUGAGGACAUAGAUGGAGCAGAAACCUGUGUCAAAUUUGCCCAGACCAACACGUGCUAUGUUGGAGGCAGCCCGGCUUACUUCAACUACUCCACCAGCCAGAAAAUCUCCCGCCCAGGCCGGCAACGUUUAGGGAAUGGUACAGUGGGACACAACGGUCCAGAGGACACCAGAAAUGCAAAUCACAUUCUGCUCUUCACCAUACUGAAUCCCACCUACCCCAUCACAACUGAUGUGAUGUACACCAUCUGCAGCCCCUGUGGAGCCGUCCAACGGAUUGUCAUCUUCAAGAAAAAUGGCGUGCAAGCCAUGGUCGAGUUCGACAACAUUGGGAGUGCACAGAAAGCAAAGGCCUCGUUGAAUGGGGCUGACAUCUACUCAGGCUGCUGUACCCUGAAGAUCGAAUAUGCAAAGCCCACCAAGCUUAACGUGCAUAAGAACGACAGCGAGACAUGGGACUACACCAACCCUAACCUGGGGUCAGGUGGUGGAGACCAACAGCCAAGAAAGAACCAGGGCCCCCUCCUAAGGGAUCCACCUCCGCAGUACGGUAAUGGCCGUGGAGGAGCCGGCCCGCCCAACUUCGGUAACCAAGAGUUCCCAGGUCCUGGCUAUCACAACCCCCCAGGCCAACAUGGUGGUUUUGGGAACCAGAGCCACCCUCCCAACCAGGGUUACAACAACCAGUUUAACCAAGGGCAGAACUACCAGCCCUUACAACAAGACCAACAGUUCGGAGGACAGGGCCAGUAUGGGCCCCCCAUGGGAGGACCCGGAGGGGGUAACAUGGGCCCCCCUCCCCAGCAGCGGGGCCAGCCCCCCUCCUACUCCCCAGGUCCCCCCCAGCCAGGUCCAGGGGGUCCCGGACCUCAGGGCAGCCCAGUGGUGAUGGUGUACGGCAUGGUCCCCAACAAGAUGAACUGUGAGCGACUCUUCAACCUGCUCUGUCUGUAUGGCAACGUCAUCAAGAUCAAGUUCAUGAAGAGUAAGCCGGGAAGCGCCAUGGUGCAGAUGGGAGACCCGUCUGCCGUGGAGCGCUGCAUCAACAACCUGUCCACCUGUGUGCUGUUCGGACAGCAGCUGGCACUCAGUUACUCCAGGCAGAAGUUUAUUGAUGAGAAAGGCCAGCCCUUCCUCCUGGAGGAUGGAACGUCCUCUUACACAGACUUCACCAACUCCAAGAAUAACAGGUUCUCAACUCCAGAAGCAGCUGCAAAAAAUCGUAUCCAACAGCCAUCGAAAGUGCUACACUUCUUCAACGCCCCACCUGAUGCUACAGAGGAGUCCCUGAGACAGCUAACGUUUAGUGAUGCAGGAGUGCCUCCCCCUACUGCUAUUAAGAUGUUCCCAUCAAGAAGAAUGCCAUUCAAUGCUGGUUGCGAGAGGCCCAGACCAGCGGAGAGAAGCUCCUCCGGCCUGCUGGAGUGGGACAAGAUGAGCGAUGCCCUGGAGGCGCUGGUCAUAUGUAACCACAGUCAGAUGGCCAGCCCAAGCCGGUACCCCUUCACCCUGAAGCUCUGUUUCUCCGCGGCCAUCCAUGCUGUGUGAGGAACACGCUGCUGCCCACCACCCCAGGGACUGUUCCGCACCCAACAGUUAACGUAGCUGUAGCAAACAUCAUAGAAUACAUGCCAGUGUACUGAGGGUUAAACUAACUUAGUAACGGUGUUCAGUUGUACGUGACUAGGUGGAGCUCAGUGCAUGCGCCAUCUCUACAUUGUACAGUCAUGAUGCUUUGGUUGGUUCUAUUGGUCCACUCUGCUAUAAGCUGUUGAUGUUUAUGUACUACCAUUUAGAUUUAGACCUGGUGUCUGAUUUUUUUGUGCUUUAGAAGUCCGAACAAUAGUUGCCUGUUGUGAAAAGUAAUAGGGAGGUUUAUGUUGUACCGGUAGCACCCAACACUGUAGUAAGUCUGACCAGAACAGUGCCAUUCUUUUUUAACUUACGGGUGGUUCCCAGCAUUCUCUGCCUUCCCGGAACGGCAGGAGGAAUUGAGAUUUCAUAAGAAAGCCAUGAAUUUUUUAUUGAUACAGACUAGGCAACGUAACCACAUCUUGGGUACCAUGCCACGGUGAUUUUUACGGUAUGAGUUUCCUAUGACAUUUGAUACUGAAAGUUGUAUCUAGCACGGGAUGUCAGGGCAUCAUUCCCCAGUCUCGACUUUGUCAGCAUUAUUGCACUGUUGUAGUUAAGGGUGGUCACCAGGAUUUUCUCCCAGGGGUCAGGUACAGAAGCCUAACUUUGUCUAGUGAUAGCCACACAGCAAAGCAUGGUAGGUCACAUAAUAGGGAGUCUGGGCAUCCUCCUCCACUCCAGAAAGUCAAAAACUCUCUGAGAAGAAUUUGGAGGGGCAAAUUUCAUGAAGUAGACUUUUUUUUGCAGCUACAGCCUCACUUUAAAGCCAAGUGUUGAUAAUUCUUUUUAGUUUGUGAAGGGUCAUAUGGUUCUCCCUGGGUCUUUCAACCAGAAUGGGGGCAUCAGAUCAUCUUUACUGGUGACAGUGUAGGGGCCCUGGUGACCACCCCAGUUGUCGAACAAGAAGAAAAGCGAUCAUGUUGGGUAGUUAGCUGGCACUUGUGCUGGACUGUAUAGUUAAUACAACAAGGUUCUCCACUAAGAUGUACAUGUAACCUCCCGACACUCAGUAUUCUUGGUAUUUUCUAUGUUGUCACAACCCAUGGUUUGCUUGUGCUUAUGCUGUAAUCCACCUGUGUAUUUAUUUUUGUGUUACUGUGUACAUUUGUCAGAGAAUGAUAGUCACUGUAAGUUGCAUCAAGAAAUGACUUAGUACAUAGAUGAGUACAAGUUUUUGCUUUGUUUUGUUAUGAGUUUUGGAUUAGUUUGAUAUUUGAGGCAAUAGAGGCGAGUCAUACUCAUAGACCCCAGUUUUGCAAUGGAAGGAAUUUAGUUUCUUUCAGUAUUCUUGUUUGAAUGUUGUACUCUAUUUUUGUAUUUCACCAAAUCACAUGGCUGGUGCAACAUUGAUUCUGUUGAUAGCAGUUAACAUGUUGCUGUGUAACAAAUUGUAUGUAUCCUAACUCGAAGUCUAUACCCUACCGACGUACUGUAACCAGGGGAGUAAAGAUGAUAUUUACGCAAUGACUGGACCUCACAAUGUUAGUACUGUAUGGUAAAAAUAACAUUGGAUUUAGAGAGUCUUCACUGUUCACAAUUUGUAACAAUAAACUUUCUUUUAUUCU